ACCUGCUGGCAAAAUGGACCAUGAACUGCUGGGAGGUAUUGUCCUGCUCGCCAUAGUCACCUUGAUAAGUGUUGUCCAAAACGCUUUUUUUGCUAGCAAAGUGGAGCACGAAAGCAAGCACUGCAAUGGCAAAGGCUUCCAGCGGCCGGGAUCCUCCGCCUUCGACCGCGUCUACACCGCCAACCAAAACUGUGGACAUACCUACCCUACGUUUCUCGCUGUGCUUUGGUGUGCAGGGCUGCUUUGUAGCCAAGCUCCUGCUGCCUUUGCGGGACUGAUGUACCUGUUUGUGAGGCAGAAGUACUUCGUGGGCUAUCUCGGCGAAAGGACUCAGAGCACUCCUGGUCAUUUAUUUGGAAAGCGCAUCCUUUUGUUCCUGUUCCUCAUGUCUGUGGCUGGAAUACUCAACUACUAUCUCAUCUUCUUUUUUGGAAGUGACUUUGAAAUGCACAUAAAAACGAUAACCAGUGCAAUCUCUCCAUUGCUGCUCAUUCCGUAACUUUCCAUUGCACGGAGAGGGUCAGCAUGCUUAAUGUAUUGAUGCCCAGAAGCAGCCAUAAUUCAACUGUUUAAGAAAUGAACCUAUAACCCUUUUAGAUUGCUGUAAAUCUAAUGCUCAGUGAGCUUUGUAGUUUGAUUUUAACCUUGCUUUUUCCUUCAAGAAAAAGAUUUAUGGUGAACACUCAGCAUGCCCAAGGAAUGGUAACAACUUCCAGUUAAUUCUUUAGAUUCUUCUGUAAAUUGCACUUUUAAAGCUGAUUUCAUGACCAUGAGGAAUAUUUUAUGCUUUCAGCAUAACGGUGCUGUGCUUAGCUCUUGUCAUGAAAACCAGGAGCCUCACAGCCUUGCUUGCAUGCAGCCACCCUGACAGAUGUGCAGCUACAGCUGUCUCCUGCAGUUAUCCUCGCACACAACACCCAGGCUUUCACCGUCACCUGGCAUGCAAUGCCCACACAAAUGCACAGUCUGGCCUCUUCACCUGCCAUGUCCCUUGUGCUCACUGGUGACCACGCUCCCACCGGUGCCAGAGGAUGGCGAAUUGGCCCCUCUUUGGUCUUCCUUGAUAAAUAUUCAUGUGCAUAAUUCUCCUAACAUUGGCCUCAUUUACACUUCAGCCUUUUUAUGCUUCCACAGGUGUGGAAAGUGGCCUCAUGUAAAUGAGGAUCUGGUGUAUUCAUGAUGGGGCUGGUUUUGUUUUGUGUAAUAAAGCAGUCUAA